ACUGUUGAAAUUUAUUUCAGAUAAUUGUGAUUAAAAUGUCCGUCUGUUGAACUUGUAAAAUAUGUUUAAUAAGAAGAAGAAAAAGUUGGCGAUUUCGGGACCAACUAAUUUCCAACAUAGGGUUCACACGGGAUUUGAUCAGAGCAAUAAUAAGUUUGUAGGACUCCCCCUACAGUGGGCUUCAAUAGUUAAGGAUGAGGCGGGUGCAAAUUCUCCACAUCGACCUCAUCCCGUCGUGGAUCCCAGUACAUAUACCCCAACAGAUAUGCUCGACAACAAACCGGUAUCUCGGGAUCAGAAUCAAGGCUCGAGGGCUGGCAGUGUAGUUCGUUCCAAUUCUCUCAGAUCCUCGAGUCCACCAAGGUAUCAGAGGAAAGAGGUGAACAACAUGCCCACCCUGAUCGAGCAGAACGGUCACGAGGACAGUUUCGAGGAACAUCCUGGUCAUCAGGGGUACCAAGGACACCACCAUGCCGGACACCAGUAUGGAUAUCAGGAGCAGAGAUCUCCCUACGGACAUCCUGCCAGUUCAGCACCUUCUGGUCCUCAGUAUGGUUAUCAAGGUGUUCCUCAGGGAUACCAACCAGGCCCCCCUCUUCCUCCCCUCAACCGUCCCAACUCUGUUGUACAACAGCGCUACCCAAACCAAACCCAUGGAGCUUAUAUACCCCAGGGACCUGUCUCUAACCGGUCCGCCGGCUCCGGUUCAGAUACUUCUAGCCAGGGGCAGAUACGAGGAAAAGUUGGACCUCCUCCGCCUUUAACAAAACCCUCCGUCGAUCCAUACCGUCCACAGCAAGAUCUUCGCCCUGCCUCUACAGUUCCGGAUUCGGCUCCCGCCGGCGGAAUACCUGGGUAUGAUCCUGCAGCGGUGAGAGCGGCAAAUAUGGCGAGGGCGGAAGCUUUGGCUGCGCAUCAGAGAGAAGAAGCGGCGGCGGUUCAACGGGAAGAAAUGAUGAUAAGAAUGCAACAAAUGGCAAUGGAUACAAGGUCCCAGCAAAUGGAUCCAAGGUCCCAGCAAAUGGAUCCAAGGUCCCAGCAAAUGGACCCCAGGUCCCAACAAAUAGACCCAAGAUUAGGACCCGGAAUGGAUCCAAGAAUGAUCCCUCACGGUAUGGAUCCCAGAAUGAACCAACCACGUAUCCCUCCGCCUCAAAACAGACCUCCGCCUCCCCAACAGUCUCCAUAUCAACAACAACAACCUCCUCCGCCCCAUAUUCAACAACAAUUCCGGCAACAACAAGGAUACUUUGACCAGCAUCAAGAAGAAUUAAGGAUCCAACCCAAACCUGGCAAACCAUCUAACGGAAAUUACCUUCCCCCCAGAUCCCAGCCUGAUCAGCCCCUCCCCCCUCCCACUCAUCCUAAACCAAACCAAACCUAUUCCUCUGAGCCACUUCCUCCACCUCCCGCCCCGCCCCCAAAAAUAUCCCCGCCGAAACCGUCGAUAUCUCCUGAAUCUGUUUCUCCUCCCCCGCCGCUUGAACACCAAGGACAACCCACUUCAUUAUCCCAUGAACAGUUUAGAGCUGCACUUCAGAUGGUGGUUUCUGCUGGAGAUCCAAGGGAGAAUCUCGAGAACUUUAUAAAGAUUGGUGAAGGAUCAACUGGAAUAGUUUGUAUAGCUACAGAUACAGAUACCUUGCAUCAGGUUGCGGUUAAACGAAUGGACUUAAGAAAACAGCAACGCAGAGAGCUUCUCUUUAACGAGGUGGUAAUAAUGCGUGACUACCACCACCCGAACAUUGUCGAGAUGUACGACAGUUAUCUUGUGGAAGACGAACUCUGGGUCGUCAUGGAGUACUUAGAGGGAGGAGCGCUUACAGAUAUAGUAACUAAUGUUAGGAUGUCCGAGGAACAAAUUGCUACUGUAAGUAAAAUGUGCCUGAAGGCUCUAGCCUAUCUUCAUUCUCAGGGUGUAAUACAUCGUGAUAUCAAGUCUGAUUCUAUUCUACUCUCAGCAGAUGGAAAUGUCAAGCUUUCAGAUUUCGGCUUCUGUGCACAGGUUUCGUCUGAGUUGCCGAAACGUAAAUCAUUAGUUGGAACACCCUAUUGGAUGAGCCCUGAGGUUAUAUCCCGGCUUCCGUAUGGACCAGAAGUAGACAUAUGGUCCCUGGGUAUAAUGGUAAUAGAGAUGGUAGACGGGGAACCACCGUUCUUUAAUGAACCCCCACUACAGGCAAUGCGGCGAAUAAGAGAUAUGCCUCCACCCCGCUUGAAGAACCAGAAGGUCUCACCGCAGUUACAAGGAUUUCUGUACAAGAUGCUGGUCCGUGACCCUGCGCAACGGACCAGUGCUGUAGAACUUCUUCAUCACCCCUUCCUGCGUCAAGCAGGUCCACCAUCUUCCCUCGUUCCUCUUAUGCGGCAUUCACCAACCUGAUAUCUGUCAAACCUGAUCAGGUUUCGGCACCCUGAUCAGGCGAGGUUAAGGGCCGAAAGACAACUCGUAUCCGGGCCGGUGCGGUCAACCAGGUGGGAGGGGUCAACCAGGGUCAAAAAUGAAAAUAAAAUGGCGGAAAGAUUGAAUGAUUCUCUCUACCAGAACAUUGAGCAAAUCAGUCGCAACGUGCCGAAAGAUCCUCGCCAAUAUACUUUCGUCAAUCGUCUGAAGCCUCUCACUCGACCUGACUUCAACUCGAAUAUAUAUCGUCCAAACGAGAAUCUCUCCAGUAUUGAAUUGGGUCUAUCUCAACAUCUGAUAAACAAGUCUCAAACAGUAUCCGUAAAUCCGCAAUUUCAAGAUAAAAAACCGCAAUCAAUCAAUAGUAUAAAUCCGGCAAACUGCGAGAAAAAUGUAUGGUUUGGCUACUCCAGCACCCAGGAACCAAGAAUACUCUAUACAAGUGUGCUAAAUCAUGAAUCAAGAAUGCUCGAUGGAAAGAAGUUAAAGCCCCAACAAGUGCUAGUCGAAAACAAUAAUAUUCCGCCUUUAAUAACUUUUAAUCAUUUAGGUGUUAUUUAAAAAGUAAUAUUAACUGAACUUGUAAUUUUAUCUGUCCCCUAGCCACUGGAGUGAAAUAUCUUAUAGUAUCAUUUUGUUCUUUGUAUUAUAAUCAAAAAAG